UCGCUCGAAGAAUUCCAAGAAUGCGACAGUGGAUGGGCGUUGUCGCGAAUUCUAAAUUUGACUGUAAACGUGAAUAAAUAUAAUCCAAUGCACGCGGGAUGUUACGUCGAAUUACCGCGGGAAAUUAUGUUAAAGCGAGCGAUGAUCAAUGUACGACCCAAUGACAAUGCGUGUUUCGCGUGGUCGAUGGUCGCGGCUCUGCAUCCGGCUGAAAGGAAUACAAAUCGGGAAUUGUCGUACCCGUAUUAUACGGUGUUAAAUUUGCAAGACAUUAUGUUUCCGAUGACGUUGAACCAAAUUAAGAAGUUCGAACAUCUCAACGACAUCUCAAUCAACGGUAUCAAGGAAAAGGAAAUUCUCCCGAUACAGCUAACAUCAAGAAAGAUGGAGAAGCACGCAAAUCUAUUGUACGUGCAGGAUCCGCGCGACGACAACGCGGGGCACUUUGCGUACAUCAAAGAUCUGUCCCGUUUUGUGAGCUCGCAACUGAAUAAAUACGGACAUAAGAAAUACUUUUGCGGCAGAUGUCUACAUUACUUCAGUUCGUCUGAAAGAUUGCAGUCACAUGCAACGGACUGCGAAAAGAUGAACGAUUGCGCCAUCCGACUGCCGAGCGAGGACGACAAGUGGCUCGAAUUCAAGAACCACACGAAUAAGGAAUGACUUCCAUUCAUCGUUUACGCGGACUUGGAGUGCGUACUACGGCGAACGGAACCGGCAGAGAGGGAAGACGCAUCGUAUAUCUACCAGCACGAGGUAUUUAGCAUCGGAUACUACGUGCGAUGCUCGUACGACGACGCGUUAUCGAUAUAUCGAUUUCGUCGCGACGAAGACUGCGUUGCGUGGUUCGUUCGGCAAUUCGAAGAUUUGACGCAUCAAGUAAAAAUUCUGUUAUCCGCGAAUGUCCCCAUGGAAACGUUGUCGAAAGAGCAGUGGGAGGCAUAUCGUAGCACGACGCGUUGUCACAUUUGCGAGAAACCAUUUGCGUCGGACGACACGCGGGUACGCGAUCAUUGCCAUUUUACCGGUCGUUACCGUAGU